UGAAGGAUGAAAUGAUGCCACCGUCGCACCGCUUCAUGCGCCGCUAGAGAUAACCAAUCCAUGAAAUCCGGGAACAACCGCCGCAAAAUGUCUUAUUAUAUCAUGUAAAUCAUUGGUGACGACUGACGAGCAUGCCACCAGUUCCUCAGCCAUUGGCUCAACACUGUUACCGUAAUUUUCAAAAAACUUUUAGUCAACUGUCUGUUUUUUUUUGUAAACGGCUCUGUUUUGCUUUAAAUACUAACUUCAUUUCAGACAGCCGACACCACACCACAUAAUCAUCUCGCAUUAAGAUUUGUAAUUUAUUUUUAUAGUAUUACUAUGACUAGCUCUUUUCUCAGACCAGUCGUAAUUAUUUGAGGAACGCAUGUGUUUCACAGACACAUAAAGUCUCUCUCUUACUUUUCCUUCUUGAAACAACAUCAUCUCUCUCUAUCUCUCUCUGUUUCUUUUCUAUCUGGUUAAACCUCCACAAGAAAACAAAAAAGAAUGAAGGAAACAUUCAAAGUGUGUUUCUGUUGUGUAAGAAGCUUCAAAGUGAAAACAAGUGAGCCACCACAAGAAAUCAAAACACUUUUCGACAACUACUCCGGAGACGGCAGGAUGUCUGUGGAUGAGAUGCUCAGGUUCGUGAUCCAAGUCCAAGGAGAAAAACACGCUGAUUCAAACUACGUGAAGGAUAUUUUCCACAGGCUCAAACACCACGGCGUUUUCCACCCUCGUGGGAUUCAUCUUGAAGGGUUCUACCGUUAUCUCCUCAGCGAUUUCAACUCUCCGUUGCCUCCUUCCGGCGAGGUUUGGCAAGAUAUGAAUCAGCCUUUAUCUCAUUACUUCUUGUACACGGGACAUAACUCUUACUUGACUGGGAAUCAACUCAACAGUAGAAGCAGCACCGAGCCUAUUGUGAAAGCUCUUAAAAGUGGAGUUCGUGUCAUCGAGCUUGAUUUAUGGCCAAGCUCUUCAGGAAAGGAAGCUGAAGUUCGUCAUGGCGGGACGUUAACAAGUACCGAAGAUCUGCAGAAAUGUCUUAACGCGGUAAAGGAGAACGCGUUUGAGGUGUCUGAGUAUCCUGUUGUACUUACUUUAGAAGACCAUUUACCUCCAGAUCUUCAGAAGAAAGUUGCUAAGAUGGUGAGUAAGACUUUUGGAGGAACAUUGUUUCGAUGUACAGAAGAAUAUAAAGAGCGUUUUCCUUCACCAGAAGCACUCAAGAAUAAGAUCUUGAUCUCAACAAAGCCACCAAAAGAGUACCUUCAGACCCAAGUCUCUGAAAGUGCAACAACAGAUGAAUCCGUAAAAGCUAAAAAAGUUGCAGAUGCGGAAGAACUGAUUCAAGAUGAAGACGAGGAGUCCGUAGCGGUCGAAUACAAAGACUUGAUAUCAAUUCACGCUGGUAACCGCAAAGGAGGAUUGAAGAACUGCUUGAAUGGGGAUCCUAACCGAGUCAUACGGUUAAGCAUGAGCGAGCAGUGGCUAGAAACUCUGGCUAAAAACCGUGGACCCGAUUUAGUGAAGUUCACGCAGAGGAAUAUUCUGAGGAUAUUUCCCAAGACUACACGUUUUGACUCAUCAAACUAUGAUCCUCUCGUUGGAUGGAUUCAUGGUGCUCAAAUGGUGGCCUUCAAUAUGCAAAGUCAUGGGAGGUUCUUGUGGAUGAUGCACGGAAUGUUUAAAGCCAAUGGUGGAUGUGGUUAUGUGAAAAAGCCUGAUGUUUUGCUCUCUAAUGGUCAUGGAAGUGUAAAUUUUGAUCCUUCUUGUAAAAGUCUCCAGAUCAAGACCAUUCUUAAGGUAACGAUCUACAAUGGAGAAGGAUGGAAUCUGGAUUUUCCUCAAGAUUAUUUUGAUCGAUACUCUCCUCCUGAUUUCUACGCAAAGGUCGGAAUCGCAGGGAUACCUUUAGACACAACAAGUCACAGAACAGAAACAGAUACAGACGAAUGGUUUCCUGUUUGGGAUAAACAGUUUGAGUUCUCAUUGCGUGUUCCCGAGUUAGCGCUUCUUUGUAUCACAGUAAAAGACUACGACAGUAACACUCAGAACGAUUUUGCCGGACAGACAUGUCUUCCAUUGUCGGAGAUCAGACCAGGAAUCCGUGCGGUCCGGCUCCACGAUCGCGCCGGAGAGGUCUUGAAGCAUGCCAGACUGCUCGUGCGGUUUGUCUUGGAGCCUACCUUCAUUGAUGUUAUGUCAAUAAAUUAAGUGUCCUACUAAGCCAAAGGCUAACUAGAAAUGAAAAAAUAAUUGAAUAAGAUCAGUAAAUUUGUAAAAUGUGUGAUUAUUGUUUUAACAAUUUGUUGAAAUCGAAAUUGAUAAUAAUAUUUGUUUAAGCA